AUGGCCGAUCAUUUAUUGUUUAUACUUGCCAUCGCUUUAGCCGACGAAGAAGAGCUAGAAGACGACAACGACGACAUUGAAUUGUUUGGAAUGGUCUCUACUUUCAUGAGGAGGAAUCUUAACCGGAGUCGAUACUUCUUUGAAGUUACCGUACCAAUGUAUUUUGCCGAUGAAUUUCAAGGUCAUUUUAGGCUUUCACGCACUACAGCUGAAAGACUCGCCAGAGAAGUUGUCGCUACUGGUCAAGUUAGAAAUGGGAAUAACUUUGGGAGAAUUGCAAUUCCUGCAGAAAAGCAGGUUUUAGUUUACCUGUGGAUGAUGGCCAACGGAAGAGAAACAACGCGACAGGUAGCCGACCGAUUUGACAUAACAUUGAGCAGUUGUGGCAUAGUACUUCGUCGCGUAACGUCAGCGUUACUGUCCUUACGACAACAGUACAUAAAAUGGCCAAACGUGACUGAGAUGAGAGAUAUAGCUGAACAUUUUGAGGAAGGAGGCAUGCCUGGAGUAAUAGGUGUGAUUGAUGGUACAUUUAUUAGAAUAAGGGCACCAAGUAUGAAUCCAGAGGCAUAUAACUGCAGAAAAAAGUUCCAUGCUCUCCAGUUGCAGAUGGUGUGUGACAACAACAUGGUAUUGACAGAUGUUUUAGCAGGCUGGCCAGGAUCAGUUCAUGACUCCAGAGUUUUAAGAAAUUCUUCUCUAUGUGCAACAGCAGCUGACAAAUUCCCUCAUGAUUAUCACCUGCUAGGUGAUGGAGGCUAUCCACUUAAAAGAUGGCUUAUGGUUCCCUUCCGCAAUAAUGGACAUCUGCCACUAAAUCAAGUCAACUUCAACAGGGUUUUGUCAUCAAACAGACAGAUAGUAGAACGUGCAGUCAGUCUGUUAAAGGGGAGGUGGAGAAAGCUAAAAUAUCUUGAUCAUCUUGCUGUCAAGCUUAUGGUUGAAAUCAUAAUGGGGGCCUGUGUGCUUCAUAAUUUGUGUCUUGUGAAUGAUGAUUUUGACAACAUUUACUUUCUGGAUGACGAAACUGAUGAUAUUGACAAUGAUGAUGAUAACAAUGCUGUUGGUCUUGAAGAUGGAGACAGGCCAGCUGAACAAAAACGUCAGCAUUUAGUAAACAUUGUUGCUCGAUGA